AAUGCAUAUAAACCCAUGUAAUGUUCCUCAUAAUCUCAGCUGCUAACUCUUGUUUUUCUCCAGGAUUGUUUGGCUUUGCGCACAGAAUGCGAGGAGGGUUCAUUUUUCUGUCGGUGCUGCUCUGUUCCACUUUCCAUGUCUCCUUCUCGCUCAUAGUAGACGGACUAGUCCCAAAUGGUGACUUUGAGCUCGGCCCCAAGCCCUCGGACAUGAAUGGCACAGUGGUUCUUGGCAAGUACGCAAUACCAAAAUGGGAAAUUUCUGGCUUCGUUGAGUACAUAAAAUCGGGGCAAAAGCAAGGGGAUAUGUUGCUGGUGGUGCCAGAGGGGGCCUUUGCAGUUAGGCUAGGAAACGAGGCAUCAAUUAAGCAGAGAAUCAAAGUGACUAAGGGCAUGUACUAUUCCAUCUCCUUCAGCUAUGCCCGCACUUGUGCUCAAGAUGAGUCGCUCAACAUAUCCGUGGCGCCGGAUUUUGGCUUGCUGCCUGUGCAAACGCUGUACAGCAGCAACGGCUGGGACACUUAUGCAUGGGGUUUCAAAGCUUUGUAUGAAACUGUGGAGCUUGUUUUGCACAAUCCAGGGGUCGAGGAGGAUGCUGCUUGCGGUCCACUCGUCGAUUCGGUCGCCAUUAAAACUCUUUACCCUCCUAGACCUUCCAACAAAAACUUGGUGAAAAAUCCCAGUUUUGAAGAAGGUCCAUAUGUGUUUCCCAACACAUCUUGGGGAGUCCUAAUCCCACCCAACAUUGAAGACGACCACUCUCCAUUACCAGGCUGGAUGAUCGAAUCCUUGAAAGCCGUAAAGUAUAUAGACGCCGAGCACUUCUCCGUCCCACAUGGGCGGAGAGCGGUUGAGCUUGUGGCCGGAAAAGAAAGCGCCAUCGCCCAGAUCGUCCGCACCAUCCCGGGAAAAACUUAUAGUCUCUCGUUCUCAGUGGGCGAUGCCAGCAACUCCUGUCAAGGAUCCAUGGUUGUUGAAGCCUUUGCAGGCAGGGAUACCAUCAAAGUGCCUUAUGAAUCAAAAGGCAAAGGCGGAUUCAAACGUGCAGUGCUUAAGUUUGUGGCUGUUUCACCACGAACUCGGAUAAUGUUCCUCAGCACAUUUUACACCAUGAGAAGCGAUGACUUUUCCUCCCUCUGCGGCCCGGUUCUUGAUGAUGUGACGCUGUUGAGUCUUCGUAAGCCAUGAGGCAGCCCACCAAGCAUGGUGCAUGGGAGACACAUAAUUAAGAUAUAUUGGAUCUCUUGUUAUAGUAUUUAUUUAUUAAGAGGUUUUAAUUUUGUGGCAACAAAAAUAAAUUAAGAGAUUAUUACUUAAUAAUA